AUGGAGGAGAUCUUUGGAGGGCUGAUACACUUGAUGAUGAUGGUUUUCCUCUCAGACUUCGCCGGACUCUUGGUGAAGCCGGUGAUGACUGACGUCACCGUCGCCGCCGUUUGCUCAGACCUAAACGAUUCAUGUUCUCUCGCCGUCUAUCUCACCGGAUUACAACAAGUGUCGGUAGGGCUAGGGACAAUGGUAAUGAUGCCGGUGAUUGGAAAUCUAGCAGAUAGAUAUGGAAUCAAGGCAUUGCUCACUCUUCCAAUGUGCCUCUCCAUUAUUCCUCCAGGAGAAAAUAUAAGUUGUGUACACUAA